GUUUUUAACACUAAGUGCGUUAGCAAUACCGACACAAUGUGUAUUUUCCUUGAGAGGAAGCAACGUAACAAGAAAGAUAAUUUUGAAUACAAGUACGACGAAGUCAUUUGUUUCGUAACCAAGUUAAAGUAAGGAAUGUGGUUAAAAUAUCUGAAAUUGACACAUCAUUACAAAACAGUUAUUAAUUAUCUGAAGUGUGAAACAGCUCAACGCGCAUACUAAAAUCUUCAAACAGUAAAGAAAUCAUCAAUCUAGCAACUAUGGUAAAUAAUAAUGCUGAAAUACAGGACCAGACAAAGGUGAUGAUCAACAUUCGAGGAACAAUUUAUGAAACAUUCGAGUCAACACUAGCAAGAUACCCAAAUACUCUAAUGGGUAGCUUUACUAAAACGUCUCCUUAUUACAACUCAAAGAAGCAACAAUAUUGUUUAGAUCGCGAUAGAAAAGCAUUUGAUUCUAUACUUUUCUAUUAUCAGUCAAGAGGAAAACUAAUCAGACCCAUUGAUGUCGAUGAAACUAUUUUUUUGUCAGAGUUGCAGUUUUUCAAUAUUGAUCAUAACAAUGUGACACAGCUGGAGUAUGGUUCAUCUAAUUUCAGCAUUCCAAAAACAAAUAAAAGAGCGGAAAGAAACUCAGACGUUCAUACAUUUUUCGAUAUAUUUUUAUCGUGGCCCUGUGGAGUUAUUGUAGUGACAUACAUAUUAACUUUAUGCCUGUUAAGUUCUUUACAAUAUCAACAGAUGUUAUCAAAUUUAUGUGGUAGAAUGGAAACCAAUUCUUCCAAAUCGUCUCAAAAUAUCAAAGAGGACAAUCAUCCUUUUAUAAUUUUGCAAUAUACUUGUGGUGUAUGGUUUGUUUUUGAGUUCAUUCUUCGGCUUCGUCAAGCUGAGUGUAAACCAAGAUAUACUAAAAGUAUUUUAGGAAUAGCUGACAUUAUAACCGUGGUGUCGAUAUUCUCACAAUUAUUUAUUCAUCACUUUGACUGGUGUGUGCAAACGUCUACAAUAUGGCUCGCAAACAUAACGCGAAUAUGUUCUCUUGUAUGUAUGUUCAAACUAUCACGAUAUUCAACUGGACUAAAACUGUUUGGUGUAACAGUGAAAGCAUGUGCGAAACAGCUCAUUUUGUCGUUUUAUUGUGUUGGCUUGUGUAUUCUCGUGUUUUCCUUCAUUAUUUACUACAGUGAAGAAAAUGUCAAUCCUAAGUUUGAAAGUAUCAUCGAUGCAUUUUGGUAUACGAUAGUCACAUUAACAACAGUUGGUUAUGGUGAUUUGGUACCAGUCUCCGUUCUCGGAAAGAUUUUUGGUGGAAUUUGCUGCGUAUUUGGCGUUACAAUUGUUAUGGCAUGGCCGGCAACAAUAUUUGUUUCUUAUUUCCAGCAAGUAUAUAAUUAUGAAAUUGGACUAAAAAAGAAAAAGUCAAGAAAUUAUUUGUCUUCAAAAAUAAUGAAAAUACGAAGAGGAUUGAUGCAGUUAGAUAAUACGGGCUGUGCAUUUAAAUGAUUACUAUUCCAAGGUCUUUGAUGUUGUAUAGUUGCAACGCAAUUUUUUUUAAUGUAUAGUUAUGCAGUUUCUUAGUAAAUUUGUGGCCUGGUACAUCGUUUUGAUGCAUAAAAAUCAUGAAUCACCACGGAUUUGCGCGGUUUUUGCAAUGCAUUUUGGGAUCGCCAGGGGGCAAACAUUUCUUUAGAAAUUUAUCUGUAAUAGUGAUAUUUUUGAGAAUUCUUAAUUUAAAGCACCUAUUUCCAUUAUAAUGGCUAUUCGUUGUAAUGGGUAUUCGUUACCAGUUGGGAGAAAAGAAGUAAAAGUAUGUGGAGACGGCAAUUGCUUUUAUCGAGCAGUUGCGUUGGCUAUAAACGGUGAAAGCGACGAAAACUUUGCUCACAUUCGAGAAAUGUGUAACGAAGUUUUAAUACAAAAUCCGGCUACUUUUCGACCGUAUUUAUUUCGAUACGAAUCGAUAGAAAAGCAUCUGGAGCGAAACAUUAUGUCCGGUACGUGGGGAGAAACAGUGGAUAUGUACGCUUGUGCCACGGCCUUGCAGCAUGAAAUUUGUGUUUAUGCUAUGCUUGAGCAGAAAUGGUUUUAUUUCACUCCUCGCCUGAUGUUACGUCCAUUGUUAAAAUAUGAUAGAAUCUGUGAUUGUCCAAUCACUUUGGUCUUGCAUAACUUUCACAGAGCUGCUUGCCAUUUCAAUCUUUUGCAACCUAUCAAUAGUUGUUGUCUUGCCCCAAUACCUGCCAAUGAAUACCAACCACCUGUGUUGGUUGAUCUUGAACUUAAGGAAGAACCAUCUCUUUCUAAUGACCAAUCAUCUCCACUUAAAACUAGAACUAUAACUUGUCCAUCAAAACCUAAAACAAUAUCCCGCAAAUCCAAACCC